CGGCUCUGCAGUGAGCUCUGCCUGCACCUCUGCUCCGCGGCCCAGACGUCCUGCUGAGCUCUUCCACCGAGGACACAGAGGAUGGCAGGUGACUGAGCAGCCCCUCGCAGCUCUGGGAGGCGGCUUCCCGGUGACACAGCGCCGUGACCACCCUACCUCCCCUGAGCCUCGUGGUGCUGCCGAGACGCCUGCUGGUUUGGCCCUUAGCCGGGCGCGGAGCGUGAAGGGGCUUGCACAGGCUCACGCGGCCGGACCCGCGUCACCUCAGCAGGAGGGCCCUGCCCAGGCCUCCGGGCCGAGGCCCGUGACUGCGGGGCCCUGGGUCCUUUUGCCCGCUCCGUGGGGUCUCCGUGAAUAAAGCCAGGCCGGGGUCUCAGGCGUGUGGGCGCCCAUGCCCCCGCCUUGGACUCACUGAGGCGAGGCCCCGCCCAAGCCGGGGCUCCUGUCCUCCUGGCUGUGGCAGGAGGUAGCAGCACAUCGCUGGUUUUGAUGGACGCCCUGCCCUGCCCACGUGGGCCACCAAGGGCCAUGCGGCCCGUGCAGGAGGGGCCGGGCCCGCCUCGCCUCAGGUGGCCUCUGACGGCCGUUACUGCCCUGCGAACGGUGCGGGAGCCCCUCUGUGCCCGUCCUGUCUGUGCUCUGAACCCCUCCUAAGGGGCCUUGGCAGGCUUCGGGCAUGCAGAGUUCGUGCAGUGGUGUGUGUGUGCGUGCAUGUGCACGCGCAUGUGUAAGGGCAUGCUCCAGGGCUGGGCCAGGGCUGCUCCUGUGGGCUGAGGGGUUCGCUCGGGCGCCCCGAGUCCUCCCCCAGGGCCCCAAGGACGCGGCCCUGCGCUUCCGACGCUCGGAGCUGGACUGUUUACACGCGGAGUUCCCAGGAAGCCAGCUCCGCGGCAGCUCCCCCAGGCCCUCCUGCUCUCCAAGCCCAGACUGUGACUCCUGAGUGCGGGGCAGGAGGCGCCUCAGUGGCCACGAAUGGGACAGUCCCACCGGACAUUUGUGACAGCUGGUCACAGGCAGCCCUGUGCCACAGCUUUCUGGGGUGUCUCACGAUGUGGGUACCACAGCAGUAACCGCUCGGCCCGCUCCACAGGAGGGCAACUGAAGCACACAGCUUUUUGUUCUGUGUUUUUGAGACCAGGGCUGGCUAUGUAGCCCAAGCUGGCUUUCAACUUGAGAUCCUCCUGCCUCAGCCUCCAGAUGGCUAGGAUGACAGGACUGUGCAGCCUCUUGGGUCCUGUGGCUUUGUCUUUGACCCCUCCCAGAAAGCCUCUGAAUGUGAUUCUGGGGCUCCUACUCUCUGGGGCUGUCAGUCGCACGUGACAUGGAGGGCAUCGUUUCUGGGGGUCCUGGGGCCUGGCAUUCGAGCCUGUGCCCUCCACCCCUCCCAAAGUCUCCUGUGGCUUUGGUGCCAUCACCUCCAGCCAGGGUGCGGCAGGCAGGGCGUGUGGGCUGGGGUGGCAUCCCGGCUGUGCCCCGGCCCCCAGCCCUGUCCAGCCCCUCCUGGUAGGAUGGGCGCACGGGGCCAUCCGAGGGCGGGAGGUGGAGCGGUUGAGGUCAGGGACCCAAGUGAGGGGGGCCGGGAGGCAGAGGAGCGGGGUCUCGGCCAGGCUGGACUGUGGGGGUCUUGUCCGAAAGAGGGUGGAGGAGCGGGGGAGUGCGUGCCCUGCUCUGGGCCCUCAAGGAGACACGCGCGACAUCAGGGCCGCCCGGGGCCGGGGCCGUGACUUGGAGGCGCGGCUGGGAGCUGGGGCGAGGACAGCCUGGACCCUGGCCGCGGCGGCCUGGGCGCCUCACUGCCCCUGGCGGCGACGGGAGGGGACUGCGCCGCUCUCAGCCGCUCGGGCGCGGGCUCAGCCGGACCGCGAGGGACACGCACGGCAUGACUCCUCUCUGCCCCGACUGCCCCGUCGCCCCUGGAGACCCGUCCCCUGGGGACGCAAGGAGCCCCCCGCCGUGCAAUGGCAGUGAACCCACAGGGGACUUCGAUCCCGAGGACCUGAACCUGACCGACGAGGCCCUGAGACUCAAGUACCUGGGGCCGCGGCGGACGGAGCUGUUCGCGCCCAUGUGCACCGUGUACCUGCUUAUCUUCGCGGUGGGCACCGUGGGCAACGCGCUGACCUGCACGGUCAUCCUGCGCCGCCGGGCCAUGCGCACGCCCACCAACCUCUACCUGCUCAGCCUGGCCGCGGCCGACCUGCUGCUGCUGCUGCUGGGGCUGCCCCUGGAGCUCUACGAGCUGGCGCACAACUACCCCUUCCUGCUGGGCAGCGGCGGCUGCUUCUUCCGCACGCUGCUCUUCGAGACCGUGUGCCUGGCCUCGGUGCUCAGCGUCACGGCGCUGAGCGUGGAGCGCUACAUGGCCGUGGUGCGCCCCCUGCAGGCCAGGGCCGGGGUGACGCGCGCCCGCGUGCGCCGCGCGCUCCUGCUGCUCUGGGGCCUGGCGGUGCUCUGCGCCGUGCCCAACGCCAGCCUGCACGGCCUGCAGCAGCUGCAGGUGCCCUGCCGGGGCGCGGUGCCCGACUCGGCCGUGUGCACGCUCGUCCGCUCCCGGGGCGCCUACGGCCUGGUGGUGCAGGGCACGGCGCUGCUCUUCUUCUGCCUGCCCCUGGGAGCCAUCAGCGCGCUCUACCUGCGCGUCGGGCUGCGGCUGCGGCGCCACCGGCGGCUGCUCUCGGCCCGAGCCGGGUCCCGCGCAGCGCGCGCCCUCCCGCUGCGGGACAGGGGCCGCACGCAGGUGACCAAAAUGCUGGUGGUGCUGGUCGUGGUGUUCGCCAUCUGCUGGGCCCCGUUCCACGCCGACCGCCUCAUGUGGAGCUUCGUGUCGCAGUGGACAGAGAGCCUGCUGCUGGCCUUCCAGUACCUGCAUGUCACGUCCGGCGUCUUCUUCUACCUGGGCUCAGCCGCCAACCCCGUGCUCUACAGCCUCCUGUCCAGCCGCUUCCGGGAGAGCUUCCGAGAGGCCCUGGGCCUCAGGUCCCGGGGCCGCCGCCGCCGAGCCCACCACAGGUCCUACAGCCUCAGCAGGGUGACCACGGCCAGCAGCCUAUGUGACCCCAGCUCCCAGGGCAGCAGGGCCCAGCCCCCACCUGCAAAUGGUGGCCCCGAGGGACAGGGAGAGGCCCAGCGCUGCCCGAGGGCCCCGUGGCCUGGCCGCUGCCCGCACUCCUCCUCCUCCUCCGCAGGGACCUCACCACCCGGCCUCGGCUCAGCCUGGAGACUACGCCCCAGGCUCCGGGGACCCUCCGAAAUCAGAGGCAAACAUCAAGAGAAAGAAGAGCAGCAUCUGGGGACACAGGACCCACCCUGCCAGGCACCGUACCCUGUGCCUCGUGUCCCUCUAGACCCAGCUCCCUGCUAGGGGCAUCCCCUGCAGACCCGGGGGCCUCCUGGGGACCCGGUUCUGAUCCCAGCCCCACUGCCACCGCCCGGCCUCCGGCAUCCAGCAGUCAUCCCGCCUUUCUAGGCUUUGGCUCCUGGUCUGCCCAGCGAAAGGCAAGCUGACAUCCGGGUCACACUGGGCCACCCACCACGGUCCUCUGCACACACACCGGUCACUGCUUGUAACGCCUCACCUCUGCCGAGAGGGGCAGGACCCGCCACCCCUCACCACAGCUGGACCCUCAGGCAAGAAACAGAGCCAGCCAUGGCCAGGAGGACAUGCGGGGACCUCCGGAAUCUCCAUCCCCUCCAGGCAGGACUCACGUAGCAGGUGAAACUGGCGGCGAGUCCUGGGGUCCUGGUCUCCUGAUGAGGGCCCCAGCGUCAUCUGUCCCGGCUCUGCUGCGGGUGACCUGUUCGCGAGGCCCCGCUUCUCGCCCAGGGAGCGGAGGAGGUGGCACAGGGCUGCCCAGAGCGUCGCUUACUCGCUUGGACAAAGAAUAAAUAGCAGCUUGUGGUCGCAGGUGUGGCAAGUGAAGGUAACCCAGUAUGAAAGCAGUUUUCAUCGUGAGAAGGGGGAAGUUGUUUUCAUGUUUCUGUUUUGCAAGAUGAAAAGUUCUGGAGGCUGGUUGCACAACCGUGUGAAUGUCCUUCGGAUCAGAAACUGUCCACUCAGCCCAAGAUGGUAAAUUCUAUCUCGUGUAUGUUUCACUACAGUUUUUCGUCACAGAGAACUAAGGUAUUCUGCAAGGUACAGAAUAAGCGUGUCUUUGUUACUUUCCUGUCCCUGGGACAAUGCCUGACAAGCACAGAGCGAAGGAGGAGAGGUGUAUUUUGGAUCACAGUGUGCAGAGAUUUCAGUCCACGGUCGGCCGGCUACAAGCAGGGUGGCCUGGCAGGGGGGAAGGGCACAUAGCAUGGCAGUAACCGCAGCAUUCGGGAGGCUGAGGAUCGCAGCAAGUUCAAGGGCAUCCUGGGCUACAUAGUGACACCUUGCCUCAAAAAAAAAAAAAAAUCAAAGAAACAAACAAAAGGAAAACCAAGUGCAGCCCACUGUUAUCCUCUAGAGGCCCCGGCUGUCUUUUGUUUUAGGAAAUCUGAACCAAAGCAAGGAGAAUACAAACAGCCAGGCGUGGUGGCGCACACCUGUAAUCCCAGCACUUGGGAGGCUGAGGCAGGAGGAUCGUUGUGAGUUC